GUACAGUCUCCAGGCGGCUGGGGCAUCCUGUUUUUCUCUAGCGCGGCUAUGAGCAAGCGGAACCAGGUGUCGUACGUGCGGCCAGCCGAGCCGGCGUUCCUGGCCCGCUUCAAGGAACGGAUCGGCUACGAGGAAGGGCCCACGGUAGAAACCAAGAGAAUCCAGCUUCAGCUCCCAGGUGAAGAUGAUGAUCACAGUGACAAAGAAGAUGAACAGCCCCAAGUGGUGGUUUUAAAAAAGGGAGACCUAUCAGUUGAAGAAGUCAUGAAAAUUAAAACAGAAAUAAAGGCUGCCAGAGCAGAUGAAGAACCAGCUUCAGCUGAUGGAAGAAUUAUGUAUCGAAAACCAGUCAAGCGUUCCUCAGAUGAAAAAUAUUCCGGUUUAAGAGCAAGCUCAAAAAAGAAGAAGACAAAUGAAGAAGAUGAAAUAAAUAAGCAGGAUUCAGUUAAAAACAACUCACGAAAGCAAAUCAAAAAUAGUAGCCUCCUUUCUUUUGACAAUGAAGAUGAAAAUGAAUAAGUGUAAAUAAAUAUUUUGGACUUAGUCUUCUUUAAGAACAUACGGAGUAUUUUUUUAAAUAACAUCUUUUUUUCCUAUUAUAAUACAACUUCAGGGACUUCCCUGGUUGUCCAGUGGUUAAGACCUCAUGCUUCCACUGCAGGGGGCACAGGUUCGAUCCCUGGUUGGGGAACUAAGAUUCCAUAGGCUGCACGGUGUGGCCAAAAAAUAAAAAUAAAACAUUAAAAGAAAAAAAAAAGAUAAGACACGUUCACUGGAGAAAAUUUAGAAAAUACAGAAAACAUUCAGUAAGAUAAAACAUACCUAUCCAUCAAUACCCUUUUGACCUGAACUGCUAACUCUAUAGACAUUAACUGCCACUAACAUUUUGUUAUUUCCUGUGUGUGGGAUGUGUGUGUAUGUAAAUAACAGUACCUAACAUAUUAAGAGCAGAAUAAAUAUAGUUAGAAUAAA